GUGACAAGUUGAAACGACCUAGUCAGAUAGAACCAGGUAAAAUAUAUCAAGACCCAAAUUUGCGAUUAAAUGAUCAAGAAUGGUUGCGAGGCUUUGGUACUCUAGAGUGUCUUAACAACAUGGCUGGCCCAUCUACUAUACAAACACUAAUAGAUACAAUUACUAAAGGG